AUGUUGUGGGCGAUCUUGUCACUGCUGCUGCUGGUGGCGGCGGAGCACGACGAGGGGCGGCUGUGCCGGCGGGGAGCAGUGGUGGAGCUGGACGGAUCCAACUUCGAUGCAGCCAUCUCCGAGUGCCGCAACAUCCUCGUCGAUUUCUACGCACCCUGUGAGUAUCCAACUCUGAAGCUCUUCGUGGAUGGAAUUCACACGGACUACCGAGGCCCACACAAAGCCGAGCUCAUGGUGGCGCACCUGAGAAGGAUGCUGGCACCACCUCUCUCGACUCUACAGUCUCCAUCAGCUGUCAAGCAGUUUGUGGAGCGGGCGGGCGAUAAGCUCCCUGUCUUCGUCGGCUUUGGAGUGGAGGUUUCUACACUGGCUGAGCUAGCACAAGGACAUAGACUGAGAGCAUGGUUUGCUACAGUUGAUCAAGAAGGCUCGGCAUCAGAGUUGGAUUUGCUUUCAAGCGACUACGGGCUGACGGUGCUUCCAGCUUUGCUUGUUCAGCACUCCUCCAUGAACGAACAAGCUGUGUUCCACGGGCCUUUCCAAGGUACAAGCCUUCUGUUUCUGCGACCUUUGACCCUCCAUGGACGCUCUUUUCUAGCAGGGGAGGGCUUGGCCUCGUUCGUGAGGCAUAACCUCUUGCCUCCGGUGACAACCUUGACGUAUGACAACUUGGAGCUUGUUAAGGCGGAUGGGAGGCCAGUUGUCUUGGCCAUUGUUACAGGUGCUGGAGUUUUCAACCACAUGAAAGAACUGGCUCGGGAGCACCCCGAGAUGCUUUUUGCACUGCUCAACUCUUCCUCUCCUCUCGCUGACAUCUUUUACGCAUCAAAAGUGCUUGUUUGGGACGGCAAGACGUAUUUCUACACGAUAUCGGCUUUGGUGGAGGAUUUCAAAAACAACAAAGUCAAGAGAAGUAUCAUUAAACAGCCUUCAUUCAUGGAACAACUGAUGGGCUUCAUUGGACAGAACGUCUUGUACAUUGUCUUGUUCUUUGUAACCAUUGUGGUGUUUCUACAGAGCAUGGACUGGGCUCAACCUGGAGCUGCCCGUCAUUGA